AUGGAUGAUUAUAAGUAUUUAUUUAAAGUUGUUCUUAUUGGUAAUGCAAGUGUCGGAAAAACAUGUCUUGUACGUCGAUUUUGUCAAGACGUUUUCCCAACUGGACAAGCAGCAACUAUUGGCGUGGAUUUUUUAAUUAAAACUGUUGAAGUUAAUGGAGAAAAAAUAAAACUUCAAAUAUGGGAUACAGCUGGACAAGAACGUUUUCGCUCAAUAACUCAAUCAUAUUAUCGAUCAGCAAAUGCAUUAAUUAUUGUUUUUGAUAUAAAUAAUCUUGCAACAUUUUCAAGUCUUCCGGAUUGGGUUCGUGAAGUAAAAGCUUAUGCUAAUAAUGAUGUUUUAUGUACACUUGUUGGUAAUAAAUCUGACAUUAACCAACGUGAAGUUCCAACACAUGUAGCCGAACAAUUUGCUGAGAAAAAUGAUAUGUGGUAUUUAGAAACAUCAGCUAAAAAUAGUGAGAACGUUGGAAAAUUAUUUCAAACUAUAGCUGAAGAAUUAACAAUGAAAGCAAGAGAAUCAACAAUGGGUGUAUCAAAUAGUGGACAGGAUACAUUUCUUCAUGGACAACAGCAAACAAAACCGGUGAAGUCUAAUUGUUGUUAA